AUGCCAAUAAUAAAAAACAGAGAUGCUGCUUUUAAUUAUGGAUGUUUAAUGGCGGAAUUAAAAGAAAAAAUGGCUUUAUUUAGGAGUAGAUUAAAUAAGGGAGAGGAAGAAAAUCAAGGUAGUUUAAUAGAAAACAAAUGCAAAGAUGAAUCUAAAAUUGGUAGGGAUUCUUUAAUUUCAGAAACCGAAUUAAAUUUUUCUUUAAAUGUUGAAUCUAGUACAAAGGUUAUAGUGUGUUCAGAUAGGAUGGUUAAAGAAAAUGAGUCGGAAAUUAUGGUUGAAUCAGGUAUUGAUAAUGUGGAUGAGAGUAGAUUAGGUCUCUCGAGUGAUUCCAGAGUAUUUCCUUAUCCGAUUUGUUUUGUUUCUAAAUCACUUCCAACUCCUCCAAAAGACUAUAAUUUGAGAAAAACUGGAAUUAAUUUCAAUACGAGUAAAUAUUUAGAGAGCGAAGAAAUAGCUUGUAAUAGAGUUUCUAGAAAGUUAAUGUUUUUGGUAGAUGAGAGGAAUGAAGGUAAAAACAUGUGUUGGCAGUUUAAAAAGGAAAAUGAUAAUGAUGAUAACUAUAAUUUGGCACAAAAUCAAAUUUUUGAGGAGCCCUUGGACAGAGAGAAUAGUUUUGUUAGUCAAAGAAUAACUAGCCGAUUGAAGAAUGAUGACGAAAAAGAAAAGAAAAUAAACCCAAAUACAUUGGAUUUACCCAAAACUAUCAAAGCUUUUCAGUUAUCCGAAAGAAAUAUUAUUCAAAAAGAGCAGAUAUCUAAAGCAAACAAAUUACUUCAAGACUGCCAAUCUAUGGAGAAUAUUCAAAGUUUUAAUGAAAAUUUAGCUUCAAAGUCGGAAAGUUUCAACUUUUUCAAAACAAAAUCUUUAUCCGACCUGGAAAAAGGUAGUAAUGUUACUGCUAAUACUAUUAAUAAUAAUAAGUAUGCCACAAUGAAUACUACUAACAACAGUAAUAUUAAUGAAAAUCAGAGUAUCUAUAAACAACAGACACAAAUGGUUCCCAUAAUUAAAAAUAAGAUCUUGGUAUCUCGACAAAGGGGUAACAUUAUUACAAAUAGAUACUACAAAAUGGCAUCUCAACUUAGGGUUAUAAAUUAA